AUGGACCCCAGACAACAUCCUCAGCGACCCAAAGUCGCCGCUGGCAUCUGCGGACCUUCGAGCAUGUCUCACCCCAUCCAUCCCUCUGUGCAUAGUAUUUUGCCCGAAAUGACUAACACUUGGCCACGGCAGAGCGUGCUCGCGAACCCACUGGCGUGGACAUCACUGAGCAUCCAGGAGAGACGGGACGUGCUCUGCUUGUUUCCGGACAUGGCGCACACGCUGGACGCGGACACUGAUGACGCCCGGCCGAAUUUCGAGACUCUGAUGAAUGACGAUUCCUUCCGCUAUGACUGUGCGGCGUAUGUCGACAAUCUGGCCAUGGGGAGGCACGAUGCUGUUUGGUUGGAGGAUGCGUGGAGUGCACACAACAGGAGGAAGGCGGGUGAGUUUGACGAGUGGCUAAGGGACAAGUUUGUUGAGGAUUGGGCCGUGGAGCCUCCUGACGAUUCGAAGGCGAAGGCGAAGCCAGGGGAGAGAAGGGUCGAAGAUGGCCAAGGAGAGGGAGCUGAUGGUCAGAAAGGGGGCGACGAAACGGAGUCUACAUUGGCGGGUUGCCAGCCCCAGGACGAGGCGGAUAAUGGCGAUUCGAACCACUGCAUGGGCGAGGAUUCGCAUCGCAUCACCAUCCUGUGA